AUGGCCAGGUUGCCCACUGACAGCUUAGCCCCAUGCGGGUUGGUGAACAUCGCGCUGUUCACGGACUCCUAUCUCUUCGAGCGCGAUCUGGGCGCCUCUUGGGAGGCCGUGACCAUCGACGAAAGUCGCGUGGCACUUCCGGCGGACGAUGAGAGCUUCAACAAGGUCACUCAGGACAAUGGCACUAUUUACUUGCAGAAUUCUCGCGCAAGCUGGUUGACUCCAGACAUACUCGAGCACUGGAAGGUGUGGCAACGUACCCCACCUGGGCAGACCGUGCGCAACCUUUGGGGCUAUGUCGAAGGAGGCCUUGAGCUGGGCACCUACAGGAUAAACUUCACGGAGAACAGUGCCAUUUGGGAAGAGUGGGGUGCGCCGGAGAAGCGGCUCAUCAUCACAGGCAACCCAUCAUGGCUGGGCAACCCAGGCGCCAUGCAGGCGGUUGCAGGCUGCAUGUUCUUCCUGGGCGGACUGGAGUUCGUGUUGUUCUUUGCCUUUCUCGUCAUGAUCUUCGGCUGGCAGUCUGUGCCAACCGGUGCUGGGGAUCCAGUAGACAUCGAGCAAAUGGAGGCGGAACCCACCGCCCGGGUGCCGGUGUCGGUCGCUGCGGCGGCACGGCAGGCCACACCGCCGGUGCCGUGCCCUCCAGCGGCAAGGCGCAACGGUUCCCUGCUCCUCUGGACCGUCGACUCUGGAGCGCGAAGCACCGCAGGGAGCGGUCCACGUGGUCCUCCUCGUCCGCCAGAGGUCCCGCAGUCGGGAAUCGCGGGUGCCCGUUUCGCGGAGUGGCUUGUGGGCAACGAGGUGCCGCGCGUGGACUGCGCGGACGAGGCGGGCUUUCAAAACGCCUUGGCCUUGGUCGCGCAGCGUGUUCCAGUGGUGAUGUUGAACCUGAACGUCAUGCCGGCCACGCAGAAGUGGGACGUGGAGUACUUGCGUUCCCACUGCAACGAAUGGCCUGGCAUGAACGUCUUGCGAUCUGACCGUUCCCAGAAUCGCUACCUGUACUACGUCCCGGAGCAAGCUGACCGCGACAUGUCGGCCUUCCGCGAUGCUCCACGUCGCGCGAGCGCUGACUUACGCUUCUCCUUUGAGGGAUUCUUGGAGAGGAGCAAGCAGGACCCCAGUGGCUGCUAUUAUUUGCAAGCGCCACUGGUGUUGCGUCAGCCCGCCUCGGCGACGGCUGAGACCUGGAAGCUCCAGGAGACCUGGAGUCCAGGCCUUACCCCCGAACUGCGCAAGGAUUGUGAGUCCCGAGUGAACUGGCAACGCUUGGAAGCUCUUCAGGCGGCGGGCGGCUUUGGGGAGUGGUCGCGGUCCCAGCUCUUCGUGGGCCCCAGCGAAAGUUUAUCGCCCAUUCACUACGACCAAUACGACAAUAUCUACCUACAGGUCAGAGGCCAGAAGCGCUUCUUGCUCUUUGACCCUCGAUGUGCUGAAGGGCUGUACCCCCUCCCUGUCUCCCAUCCGUAUGACGAGUACGCCAUGGUGGAUUUGGAGCAUCCAGAUCUCAAAGGCUUUCCAAAGCUAGCAGCCCUCAAGGGUCAGGGCAUGGUGACGUGCCUCGAAGCCGGGGAGGCGCUCUUCAUCCCAACGCACUGGUGGCAUCACGUGCAGGGCCUUGCCGGGCCCGGCGACACUUGGAGUAUCAGUGUGAACUUCUGGUUCACCAUUCACAGGGUCAUCUUAGAAGGACAGCACCCGUUCCCACCGCACUUGGAGUUGGAGUUGGCCCGACACGUGGAACUCCUCCUCUCAGAUGUGGGAGGCAGCGCUUCGGUGGGUGCGCUGGCCCGAGAGUUGCGCCAGGACCGGGGGCUUUGCAGGCUCAUGGCUCGUGCUCCCGCGCCCACCAUCCUCUUCUCGACGAGUCUCGGUCAUGCCAUGGCGACCGAUGGCGCGGGAAGAGCUGUGACGGAUCUGGAAGAGCCGGAACUUUGCUCCUCCGAUUCCGGCUGUGCGGUGGUGGAUGAGUCGCCCAGCAAGAAGCGAAAGAAGGCGAUAUCAAGCGCCGGAGGAAAGUCCCAGCCCAAAGAGGCUGAGUCCAAAGAUGAAAAGACAAAGAGUGCUGAUACGCACGUUUCGAAGGCCAAGACAAGCAAGUCUUCGUCCACGCGGGCGGCGGCGCUGCCGCCUGGUUGGAUCAAGGUGGCUUCCAAGUCGCAUCCCGGAGCUUUCUACUAUGCUCACCCAGCCACGAAGCGUACGCAAGCUCAUCCGCCCGCUGCGAUGUACACGGGGCUUCCCGAGCCCAGCGAGCUGACCACGUUGCUGGGCACGCCACUGCCAGGUGCUCAGGUGAAGAAGGCUGCGGAGGAGGCCAAGGAGGCGAAGGAGGCCAAGGCACGCGAGGAAGCGCUGAAAGCGCAGAAGGCCAAGGAAGAGAUGUUGAAGCGUCAAAAGGAACGCCAGCAGAAGCUGCAGCAAGCAGAGGAAGAGGCCAAGAAGGAGAGCGCGCAGGCCGAGGAGGUGAUCCGAAAGGCACGCGAGCGGCGUGCCACGCUGGCAGAGAAUCAAAGCAGCUUCGAAGAGGUUCCGGCCGUGCCCCGCGCUCCCAAGCCGCGGGGCAAGACUGGAAUUCACUUCGAUCGGAGCAAGCCCGAGGAGAUGGCGAACGACGAAGACGAGGAAUCGGAGGAGCUGGACUUGGAUCGCCUCAAAGUGAAGUUCCGCAAGCAGGUUGAGGCGCGGGACAUGGCCAUGAUCCCCGAUUUGGUCUUCGAUGAUGAGCCGCCGCCUCCGCCCCCGCCGCCAUUGGCACCCUUACCGCCGCCGCCCAUGCCGCUGCCAGAAGGGAAUCCUGUGAAGGAUAAGGAGGCGAAGGUGGAUAAGAAAGAAGAGAAGAAGAUGAAACGAAGAGCUAAGAAGCAAGAACUGAAAGCGAUAAAGCAAAAUAUGAGCAAGGAGGAAAAGAAGAGGUUCAAAAAGAUCAGGAAGAUGCAGAAGCUUCAAGCCAAAGUUGCUAAAGCGGAGAAGGCAUUGAAGAAGUCCGAGAAGCAGCUGAAAAAGACCAAGAACGGGUCCGGCUCCUCGUCCUCUUCAUCCUCCAGCAGCUCAUCCUGAGACCGUCCACCGGGUUUUGUGACCCCAAAAAGUUCUCGAAAAGCUCCAGCCUGAGCGACG